AACUAAAAUCCACUAUUACUAGCUUUUCUUUUUUGAGCUUGUUUUCUGAUCUUACCUACUGUAUAACUAAGACUUGUUAUACCCUUGAUCACCCUGGUGUAUUUUGAAUAUACUUUCGUUAAAGAUUGAUGAACUUGUCUUGACCUGUUUACUUCAUUUGUACAGAUAAACUAUGUCUUGAAGUAGCUAUAAAAUACAGGAAGUGUAAGACCAAGUGAUAGAACACUAGUUUGAAAAAAAUUUUAGAGGUAUAAUUUAACAGUGGAUAUUGAGCUGUUACCCAAUAUUACCUUUCAGACUAGUAGCUGACAUGCCCAGGUUACAUAUGGCAUACAUGGGAUUUUAACUGUUUAUAGGUCUUUAAUCGGGAGAAAAGCAUCCAUAACUUGUAUUUACUGUAGUAGAUUACAGAAAUGAAAACAGAAAACAAAGUGAUAAUAAAGUUUUGUGUAUUCAGAUCAAUACUAGAUUUUUCUAGAUGUCAUAGAUUACUCAAAAGGGUAGAUGAAAUGUAUCAUUAUUCUUUCCAGAAAAGUAAUGCAGUCUGCUGAUUUUACAUACAGUAUGAUGUUUUAUAGACAUUCAGUCAGUGGAGCCUUGCCUUCUUUUUCAGCCGGCUUUCCUUAGCCCAAACUCUAGAUAGUAAAGAAUCCUUUGAGCUAGGGAUGGGCAUGGUGGUUCAUGCCUGUAAUCCCAGUACUCUGGGAGGCUGAGGCAGGGAGAACUUGAAGUUCAAGCCCCAACCUGGCAAUUUAGCAAUUUAGUCAUACCCUCUCUCAAAAAAAAAAAGGUUUGGGAGUGUAACUCAUGCAAAGGCCUGGAGUGUGUUCCCUAGGAUUGGGGAAAAAGAACAAAAAAGUAGAAAAGAAGGAAGGAAGGAACCCUGGCUGUUAAGCCGUAAAUGUCCCUGAAAAUGAUGUAGACCAGUGUUGGUCUUAAGAACAAUUGAAUGGCUCAAGACCAACAUUAGAAUAAAAAGCAAAAGAAUAAAAUGGAAACUAUCAGAAGUAGUUUUGUGAACUCUUCCCAUUUGUAUUCCUCUAUAUGAGUUAGUACUGAGUCAGAAUAUAAAAUAUACUUUUUACUGUAGAUUGAGCAUAAAGUUUGAGAAAUACAAAUGUAUUAUAGAUGAAUCUCCUCGUUUUUUAUAAGCCCAGGCAGGCUAAAUGGUUUGUUCAAAUCCCCCUCCCCAUUGUAAGUGGUCCAGCCAGGACUGAACUGGAUCACUGGAUUGCUGAUUUUAUCAUGCUGUUAUGCUGCCUUGCUAUUUUUUUGAAAUAGAACUGUGAAAUAGAUUAUUUAAAAAUAUUUAAGUGCCUCAUUAGCUUCAUCCCUGCCAUUUUUGAAUCCUUUAUUUUUCCCACUAAAAUCAUCUGUCAUUGUCUUUUAAGAUAAGCUGGCCUUCAGCUACUUUUCCAGAGAAUGGGCAGGUAUCAUGGGCCUUCACAGAGCUGUACACCUAAAUCCUUCAGUUUUGACCGUUAAUCAGAAAAAUUUCAGAACAAGAUAUGAGGGCAUAAAUUUUUGUGUAAAGCAAAUUAAAUAUUUUGAAUUAUUUGUUCAUUUAUUUGAGAGUUGAAUGCAAAAUGUAGAAGUGAUACAAAAUCUUUGGGAAGACACUUUUAACAGUCUUUAGUUUCUGAGGUUAUUUCAGACUUGAAUGCCAUGCAGAGUAUGAACGAUCUUGUCCAGGUUUUGAUCCAGAACCUGGCCACUUAAUUAGCAUUUUUAAACUUUUCUUUAAAGCUUAAUUUUCCACAUAACUGGACUCUUUAAUUCAGAAAGCAUUUUCAAAAAUACUGUAUAAUUUUCUCAAACAGUUGCGUCACUCACUUAGUGAUGUGAAGAGCCAUGUUUUUUGCAGCCUUUCUUUUUGAUGAGUAUUGACCUAUCUGCAAAGGAAUAAAAUCCACAAAACCUUCUCUGUUGUUCUUCUAUGGUCUUACUGUUUUGUCUCCCUUUGCUGCCAGUUAAUAAUGUCUGCCUUAAAGCUGCUGGUUUCCCUUUUAGUUCUGAUUACUCUGACCCAAAAAGGUAGAUAGUACUACGUGUGUUAGAAAUACCUAGGAGGGCCUGCCUGAUGUGGGUGCUCUCUUUGGACGGGCAUGAUCAUGAAGUUGAAUAGCAGCAGAGGAGAGAAAUCUUUUGUUUUAACCAUCGUCUGCAUAGGUGCUUUUUGGACUGGUUUUCUAGAUAUGUCCAAAUUUGUGCAUUAAAAGUGUGUUUGAAGGCAGUAUGCGAGUGUGUGCAUGUAUGAUGUCUUCUUAGCCUUAUGAUUGAUCACUCAGGAUCUGUAGUAAGCAAGCAACACUCGGGGGCCAUCCAAAACCAUCGUAGUACCCUUAUGCUGAAGACUCGUUCUUGUGAACAGUAUGUUUUGUAAUGGCUUUGAAUAAUAAUAAUGACAACUCUUUGGUUCAAUUUAGUGAUUUAAGAUCCUAGGGAUUUAAACACUGUUUUCUGGUGUGCUUACUGUCUUUACUAGGUUAUUAAUUACAGUAACAAUCAUAUUCUUGUUUACUGAGCCCCUCACUUUGUCAGGCAGUCAUUAUUCAGAUGAAUAUUGUGUAAUAAGCAGGGUUGUGUUCCUGACGGAUUCAUUAGAUUGGGGUGGCAAGUGGCGGCUGCCCUUGGAACAAAUGAGAGUAAUCCAAAUGGUUGGAGUGAGAUUAAAUCUCUUCAUUAGUCCCUCUUUACAAAUAAACAAGCGUGUAUAGAACCUACAGCAGGUGUUUUUGUUUUUGUUUUUAAUUAAAAAUUGUUGGAUUCACAUCUAUGAAAACCAUAUACUAGCUUUUAUUUUAAUCCAAAGCAGAGAGAACCUGUUUGCAUUUUAACUAGGCAGUGUCAGAUUUUUAUCUCUCUAAAUAGUCCUAUUGGUUCUAUGUUAGAAGUAGUGGAUUAUAUUCUUUAAAAUUAUAAUAACAAGAUUAAACGUAGCCAUAACAGUUAAGUUGGAUUUUGAGAUCCUGAACAGGGCCCCAUCUGACAUAUUUUUAGUGAAUUAUAGUCUUUAAACACUGAUUACCAGAUUUGUCUCAUUUGAAUGUUAUUUUUAUGUUGAGAAUUUGUCUUAUGCUUCAGUGCAGCUAAGCAUACUGGUAUAAUCUUAUCCUAAUUAACAGUGUUUUGUGACUGGGACUCUUGUCAGAGAUCAUUAUAGGAUCUAGAAAACAUUUAGCUCUCUUUUUUGGUACUAGAGUAAAACUUGCUUUUAAAGACACUGAAAAAGAAAAAAAAAACAAAAGGAAAAUCGGCAUCCCUUCUUCUUAAGCUGUAAUAAAUAUGUACAGUGUUGGUUUUGCUAUUAAGGUCUCUUAGUUUAUAGACCACAGGAUUUUGUUAGAAAUGCUUGAAACUAAAUGCUGCAAGGAAAAAAAUUAUCAGAAAUACAGAGUAGGUAACUGUCCCUAUUCUUUAUUAGUUGGCCCUGCUUGUUUAGCCGAGGAAGGAAAAAUUUGUGUCUCCUGGAGAGAAUCUGUGAGCAUAAACUCCUCCCUUCCUGUUUUCAAAUCUAUUUCAUAUGUUGUUUAUCUUACUUAAAUAUACAGUAGACUUGAGAAUGCAACUGCUGUUCCUUUAAUAUCAGAACUCUGCACGUUACAAUAGGUGUCACUGUUUUGCUUGGUCCAAUCAUGAUUGGUGACUUCAGCUAUUGGCUCCGAGCACUGGCUGUCUCACUCCAUCUGCAGGGCUGUAAUACCUACUCUCCUCCGAUCCAUUCACCACACAACUUCAGCCGGCUGAACAGACUUGCUGGGCUCCAGUAUAUCUUCCUAACCUAAUUCAGAAAACAAGUGCCACAGCUCUGUGCCUGACGACUUCUCUCAGUGUAGCAUUUUCAGGUGAUCUAGGAGGCGCUUAUUUUCAUGAACAAAUAAGAGAAAAAGGAAUCAUGAUGGGGAUGUAUUUAACAGACCCAGUACUGGAUAAAACUUAAAGCCAGUUUCUAUUCAACAUAGUGAAAAGGUCACCUUGCCUGGCUGAGAAAAGAAGCAAAAUAACAGCUUGUGGUUUCUGUUAACAUCUCAGCUCCAGCUAGCCUCUUUUGCUUGAUGUUCGAACCAGUUUGGGAUAUCUAGUUCUAAAGAGAGACAUACUGUACUCAUGGUAGAUGACAAGGAAAAGAACAUGAAAUGUCUCACCUUCUUCUUGAUGCUUCCAGAGACGGUAAAGAAUAGGUCCAAGAAAAGCUCGAAGAAAGCAAAUUCUAGCAGCAGCAGUAGCAGCAGCAGCAGCACCAAGUUACCCCCAGUUUGUUAUGAAAUAAUUACCUUGAAGACUAAGAAGAAGAAGAAGAUGGCUGCUGAUAUAUUUCCCCGCAAAAAACCAGCCAGCUCCAGCAGCACCACUGUCCAGCAGUACCACCAGCAGAAUCUGAGCAACAACAACCUUAUCCCGGCCCCCAACUGGCAAGGUCUCUAUCCCACCAUUAGAGAAAGAAAUGCGGUGAUGUUCAAUAAUGAUUUGAUGGCAGAUGUACAUUUUGUGGUUGGGCCACCAGGUGGGACUCAGCGGUUGCCAGGACACAAAUAUGUCUUAGCUGUUGGGAGCUCUGUGUUCCAUGCGAUGUUUUACGGAGAACUUGCUGAGGACAAAGAUGAAAUCCGUAUACCAGAUGUCGAACCUGCUGCUUUUCUCGCUAUGCUGAAGUAUAUCUAUUGUGAUGAAAUUGACCUGGCUGCUGACACAGUGUUGGCCACGCUGUAUGCUGCCAAAAAGUACAUCGUCCCUCACCUUGCCCGAGCCUGCGUUAAUUUCCUGGAGACCAGCCUGAGCGCCAAGAAUGCCUGUGUGCUGCUCUCCCAGAGCUGCCUGUUCGAAGAGCCAGACCUGACCCAGCGCUGCUGGGAAGUGAUUGAUGCCCAGGCUGAGUUAGCUCUCAAGUCUGAGGGGUUCUGUGACAUCGACUUCCAAACACUAGAAAGUAUCCUCCGCAGGGAAACUCUGAAUGCCAAAGAAAUCGUUGUUUUUGAGGCAGCUCUCAACUGGGCUGAAGUAGAAUGCCAGCGACAAGAUCUAGCCUUGAGCAUUGAAAAUAAACGCAAGGUCCUAGGAAAGGCACUUUACUUGAUCCGAAUACCCACAAUGGCCCUUGAUGACUUUGCAAAUGGUGCUGCCCAGUCCGGGGUAUUAACUCUCAAUGAGACCAACGACAUCUUCCUCUGGUACACUGCAGCCAAAAAGCCAGAGCUGCAGUUUGUGAGUAAAGCCCGCAAGGGUCUUGUCCCCCAGCGCUGUCACCGAUUCCAGUCUUGUGCCUAUCGGAGCAACCAGUGGCGCUAUCGAGGCCGCUGUGACAGCAUCCAGUUUGCAGUUGACAAGAGGGUGUUCAUUGCGGGCUUUGGGCUGUAUGGCUCCAGUUGUGGUUCUGCAGAGUACAGCGCCAAGAUCGAACUCAAGCGGCAGGGUGUCGUCCUGGGGCAGAACCUGAGCAAGUACUUCUCAGAUGGGUCCAGCAAUACCUUCCCCGUGUGGUUUGAGUACCCGGUGCAGAUCGAGCCGGACACCUUCUACACAGCCAGUGUGAUCCUGGAUGGCAAUGAACUCAGCUACUUCGGACAGGAAGGCAUGACGGAAGUGCAGUGUGGCAAAGUGACUGUCCAGUUUCAGUGCUCCUCAGAUAGCACAAAUGGCACUGGCGUGCAGGGAGGCCAGAUCCCUGAACUUAUAUUCUAUGCUUGAAACUUUGCCUCCCCAAGCAGUGCAAGCCAGAGGUGCAUAUCUGGUCCCUCCUUGCUUAAUGCUUAGCUCCUCUGCAGAUAAGCGAUCAGCACAGGUAAUUUGUAAUGAAUGAAGCGGUAGGCGUUUCUAAUUUCUUUUAACCUUUUAAUUAUGUACAGGCUAAAAUGCGGCAUUCUGCUUUUAACUACAUACUUAAGAGCCAAAUUCUUCCUAAGGCUUGUGGUCUUUAGAGUUGUGUCUGUACACCUGAAGGAGAGAUUGUAUUCUUCCAAGUGCCCCACUGACCUCCCGGUUUUGCCCCUCUGAAGAAAGUUUGGGAUCACCUCGAAAUUUCUUUCGGAUUUUAUUUGAUGUAUGGAAAUGAUCUAAAAUAAUAACAUCAAGAGUUAUUUUUAAACAGAAGCCCUGGCCCCUAAAAAAAGAUAAAACUCUGUAUACAAUUAUAGAAGAAGCUUUGGCUUAUAAUAAGUAAUAAUUUAAAAAGUAGACAGUAGUCAUAUUUGGCUCUUUAUUCAUUUUAAGUUUGUUGAUUCUAGGCUUUACUUUUUUAAAUCCUAAAUUCAUAAGAAAAUUAUUACAUGUAAUGCACUGUCAGUAUAAAAUAGGAAAAUAAGAAAUUGGGUGUUUAGACCAUGGCUUUAACUACAAAACAGAUUUAUAUUUUUGUUUUGAAGACACAAUAUCACCAUAGAGUGUACUUCUUUUAGAAGUGACACAAUUAUAAAAUUGUACUGUCAAUAGAAAAAAGAUUUCAGGCUUACUAAUUUACACUAAAGCUGUUUAAAAAAGAAGGCCGAAGAAGUCCUGUACCACAAAUAGUGUAAUUAAUGACACAUUAGAGUACAGAGUUUGAAAAAACCAAACACUUUUCUUGCCAUGUAGCUUUGGAUCCUGGCUAUCUGAUUACUUUUGUAUGUCACAUUGUAUAGAAUUCCUUUUCCCUUUCUGCCCAUUAAAAGAGGACCAAACAAUUCUUUAGAGGAAGGGAGUAACAAUUUUGUAGCACUACAUGUUAAUGUGGUAAGUAGUUUAUUCAUUGUUUGUUUUUAACCUGAAAUAUAACUUUACCUGAUCUUUGACCAUUAUACUAUCUUAUUUGUUGAUUAUAGUUUUGUCUUGUUGGACUGCUAGAAUCUGGCCUCUGGCCAGCAAAAGUGCCAAUAUAUGCCUGCAGGGUUUUUGAGUGACACACUUGAUUAUGCCUAAUAUUCACUGCAUCAGCAUUACUCUAGCUCUUUCAUUUGCCCAUGGAUAAUGUAAGCAGAGGAGGGAGGUGCUCAUUAGAAGUUCUCCUUCAGUGAUGGCUUGUGUUGUUUUAGUGCCUGUGACCCUGCAGUGUCUACUAUGUCACUGCCAGGUGAAGUAUCCAUGUGUUUCUGGGCAGCUUCUUGCUCAGUGUGGUCCUGAGAUGGCUUUCCCCACCACCUAGAGUGUGGUCCCUGGCCACCUCCUUCUCCUGCUCCAAGCCCGAAACUGGCUUGUCUGGAUCAGGGGUUAGUCCUGGGGUGUGUGUGUGCCUGCGCUCCUGUGCGCAUGCGAGUGAGAUGCCGACUCAGGAAUCACCUCCUCCCUGCCUGGCUAGUGAGAGGUGGGACAAAAAUGGUCCCCCUGCUGAGCCCAGAAAGGCCCAAGGAAUGACUGCUCUUCCUCAUUGUGCUUCUGGGCCGCUUCCUCCCCUGGAGACUGGGGCUUGUUGCCUUUGGCCAGCUGCCCCGAUGGAGGAGAACACUGGAUUAUGGGAAAUGUUUCAGUCAUAUUUGCCAUUACCUAUAUCUGUGAAUAGUUAUUUCUUAUUAGGGAGAUUACAGGUAGUUUUGGCAAAGCAUCAGUGAAAUAGGGGCACAUUUUCAAUUCAAAAUGCUUCAGAGAUUUUGUUCUUAGGUUAUGGUUAAAUAUUUCAGUAACUCAGCACUACCAUGUGCAUUGGUAGGCCUGAUGAGAAGGCACUGUUCUAAGCCAGAGGAGAAGAAACGUGAGCACCGAUUUCAUCCUAUCCCGUGGCUGAGGUGGAUGUGAAAGCCUUAGAGUGGUACCACUCGCUCUCUGCUCACUUUAGCUCUCCUUCGACUGAGCUGCCCUCCACAAGGCUGGCGGCCUGCUGGGUGAAGCCAUGUGAGAUCCCAUACACUCCUUGUUCCACUUAAUUUUAUACCAGUUACUCCUACGUCCAGCGUCAGAUUGGCCUGCACCAAGAGCUGUGGGUAAAAUUUGAAAAUUGUGUUAGAGCAAGAAAUUUUAUAUUUUGAACCCUAUUCUCCUUUCUGCAUUUUCAGCAAAAUGGAAUGAAAGCUAAUGUGCUUGCUUUGGGUUUGUCAUUUUGUUUUUGUUUUGUUUUUGUAAUUUUGAAUUUUGUAGCUUUUAAGAGUAGAAACCAUUGCUCUGACAAGGCAAGCAACUCUAAUGUAUAAAUACACCUUUAUUAAGCAGAGUAUGCUGUAGAUGCUUUUCCCAAUGUAUCUGGCUGUCUUUCUUGUUCAUACUGGGGAGAAAGGGUAACUAGGCUAGCAGUUCUAAUGUAACAUUCUUUAAGCAUAUCUUAAAAUAGUAUUUAAGUAAAUGGUCUAAUUUUUCCAUGAUUAUUGCACUGAACUGUCUUCUUGGUUUUUUUUAAGGUGUUGAAAUAAACUCAGCUAAUUCAAGACACUUUAGCCACUUGGCAUCAGAGUGCUUGACUUUAGCAGCUUACAGCAUUAUUUAUGAAGGAAAAUAUAUAAAUAUGAAGUACCUCAUGUUGAAUGUUAUUGUACUGUAUUUUUAAUGUAACAGUGCAGAUCUUGUUAGACACAUGAAUGUGUAUAAUCAUGUUAAAUGCAAAUAAAAUAAAACUGGUUCAUAGAUUUGUUUCUUA